GGCUCGAGCGCCCGCUCGCGCAGCUCCCACAAUGCACCGCACAAUGGCCCGACCGCCGCCACUACCGGGGCCUGAGCGGGCCUGGCGGAGCCCGAGCGCGGCCCGGCCCGCAGCGCGGGGCUCCGAGCGCGGUGAAGAGAUUGUUUUCUGAAGGCUGCGUUGGAGGCUGUGACAGAGCAGAGAGCCUGUGUGGAGCUGAUGGGGAGGCUUUCUGAAUAACAUGGCCCUUCGCCAUUAGCCUUGCCAUGACCACAUUUUUCACCAGCGUCCCCCCCUGGAUUCAAGAUGCAAAGCAGGAGGAGGAAGUGGGCUGGAAACUAGUUCCCAGGCCUCGGGGCCGGGAGGCGGAGAGUCAAGUGAAGUGCCAAUGUGAAAUCUCUGGGACGCCCUUCUCAAAUGGGGAGAAGCUGAGGCCUCACAGCCUCCCCCAUCCAGAGCAGAGACCAUAUAGCUGCCCUCAGCUGCACUGUGGCAAGGCUUUUGCCUCCAAGUACAAGCUGUAUAGGCACAUGGCCACCCACUCGGCCCAGAAACCCCACCAGUGCAUGUACUGUGAUAAGAUGUUUCAUCGCAAGGACCAUCUGCGGAACCACUUGCAGACCCACGACCCCAACAAAGAGGCCCUCCACUGUUCUGAGUGCGGUAAGAAUUACAAUACAAAGCUGGGCUACCGGCGCCACCUGGCCAUGCAUGCUGCCAGCAGUGGCGACCUCAGUUGCAAGGUGUGCCUCCAGACCUUUGAGAGUACCCAGGCCCUGCUAGAGCACCUAAAGGCCCACUCACGCCGGGUAGCAGGUGGUGCCAAGGAGAAGAAGCACCCCUGUGAUCACUGCGACCGGCGGUUCUAUACUCGUAAGGAUGUGCGGCGGCACCUGGUGGUGCACACAGGCCGGAAGGACUUCCUGUGUCAGUACUGUGCCCAGAGGUUUGGCCGCAAGGACCACCUGACACGGCAUGUCAAGAAGAGCCACUCGCAGGAGCUGCUCAAGAUUAAGACAGAGCCAGUGGACAUGUUAGGCCUGCUCAGCUGCAGCUCCACAGUCAGCGUAAAGGAAGAGCUGAGCCCUGUGCUGUGCAUGGCCUCUCGGGACGUGAUGGGGGCCAAGGCCUUUCCUGGCAUGUUGCCCAUGGGUAUGUAUGGUGCCCACAUCCCUACCAUGCCCAGUACGGGUAUGCCACACUCCCUGGUGCACAACACAUUGCCCAUGGGUAUGAGCUACCCUCUGGAAUCCUCGCCUAUCUCUUCCCCUGCUCAGCUCCCUCCAAAAUACCAGCUUGGAUCUACCUCAUACUUGCCUGAUAAAUUGCCCAAAGUGGAGGUGGAUAGUUUUCUGGCGGAGCUUCCAGGAAGUCUGUCUCUCUCAUCAGCCGAACCCCAGCCUGCCUCACCUCAGCCGGCGGCAGCUGCAGCUCUUCUAGAUGAAGCACUGCUCACUAAGAGCCCCGCCAACCUCUCUGAGGCCCUCUGCGCUGCUAAUGUGGACUUCUCUCACUUACUGGGCUUUCUUCCACUCAACCUGCCCCCGUGUAACCCACCUGGGGCUACAGGAGGUCUGGUCAUGGGCUACUCCCAAGCUGAGGCACAGCCCCUGCUCACCACUUUGCAAGCUCAGCCUCAAGAUUCCCCAGGGGCUGGGGGUCCACUGAAUUUUGGGCCUCUGCACUCCUUGCCUCCUGUCUUCACCUCUGGCCUGAGCACCACCACCCUGCCUCGUUUCCACCAGGCAUUCCAGUAGCCCCCAAGGAGACCACCACCCCACCCCACCCAGCUCGCUCCUCGGCUCUGUAAGGGAGCCUCUAUACCCGCCCCAUCUGCAUCCCUGUGAAGGCAGCUGAGCUUUCAGAGCUGGGUUCAAAGAGAAAAACUUCCAGUGUCUGUAUGGAGCACUUGGUUGGGGGGUUCAGGCUCCAGGAUCAAUUCCAGGAAGAGCCUUGAGUCCUAACCCCAUGAAAAGAUUGCAUACCAUAGGACU